UGGGAGAGGGGAAGGUUGAUAAAAAGAGCGCGCGCCGCUUGCACAGCCAGUCGCAUCUGCAACCACCAAACAUGAGGGUGUUGACUAUCACGAUAUGCGUGACGCUCGCGUUUGCGGCGUCCCUCGCGCUUCCAGUCCAGGACUUGGCCCAGGGGCCAGAGCUCGUGCGGGAGAAGCGGACCCCAGGAGGCUGGCACUCCCCCCCAGAGGGAGUAUGGAAGAAGAAACUCGUAUGGAAGGAGGAGUGGAAACAAAUAUGGAAAACAGAUAAAAAGUUAAUCUGGAAACCAGAGUGGAAGAAGGAGAAAGUCCCAGCGUGGAAGACCGAACAAGUGCAGCAAUGGAAAGAGGAACAAGUCCCCGCCUGGAAGAUAGUGCAGAAACCUAUCUGGAAGGAAGUUCAGGUCCCAAUAUGGAAGGAGGUUCAAGUACCUGAUUGGAAAAAGGUCUACAAACCAGUAUGGAAGGAAAUCCAAGUGCCAGUAACCAAGGACGUACAAGUACCCGAAUGGAAACAGAACUUCAUUCCAGCGUGGGUAAAAGAGGGCGUGCCCGGUGAGAAAUACUUGGGAAAAGACGACCACGGAUGGGAAUACACAAGCCACGAUCUCUGGAGGAAGAAGAUGAUCUGGAAGCCAGUAUGGAAAAAGGUCUGGAAGACAGUCCAAAAACAGGAAUGGGUAACAGAGAAAAAAUUGGAAUGGAAAGAAGAGUGGAAACAGGUUUGGAAAACCGAAAAGAAACAAGCCUGGGUAACAGAGAAGAAACAAGAGUGGGUUGAAGAGAAAGUACAAAUCUGGAAAACCAUUAAGAAGGAAGUCUGGGUACCUGUACAAAAGAAGAUCUGGGUAGAGAAGUGGAAGCAAAUCCAAGUGCCAGUAUGGAAGACCGUAGAGGUCCCAGCAUGGAAGAAAGUAUGGAAGCCGGUGUGGGAGAAAGUGUGGGUACCCAUCCAUCAUGAGCACCACGGCUGGGACUGAAGUUAGGUAUGACACAUUUGUACAUAUAGUAUAGUCUAACGUAGUCAUUGUUGUUACCGGGUACAGUUAUUGUAAAUAUUGUUACUUCAUCGGACGGUGAGUUCGAACUUCUGGGCGUACGCGAAGGCGAAUCAGAUUGCUUUUAGCGAAUGCAAGAGAAAAAUUUAUGCGAAUGCGAAUUUAAUUUGGCUUUGCGUGCGCCUAUCGAAGUGAGUUGAUUGAAAUGGCUUUUUUACAUUAUAAAUUGGACGAUAGUUUUUGGAAAUAGACUUUAAAUUUAUGUGACAAAUGAAUUAUUUUUAAAUAAACACAUAUAAAGUA